UUGCAUGGGUGUGCAUUCACUGUCUCGCUGCUGCGGUUUAUCGUUUUAACCCAUCAUAUCGUCUGUCAAAAGUCACCCGAGGCAAUUUCACUUUGACACUGUUCCAUUGCGAACAUAAUGGCUGCCUAUCAUUCAAACGCGCCUCAUUUUUCCGCAGUGGUCUUCAGGAAAGUCGCCGCUACGUCACGCCCCAUGCCCAUUUUCGGAGGGGAACCCCGUCACAUCCUCUGCCCAUAUUUGGGCAAGAGCCGUCCAGAGUCAGCACACGGCGGGGAAUCCUCCUGCCGACGUAGAUGAGCGGUGGGCGGAGCCUCGGCGGAGCCGAACGAUAUAAAAGCGGGACGAGGAAUUCCGGUAAACGAAUCGACGGAGACCACAACCUGAAGCAAGCCUAACUGAAAGGGAAUCCCAAAGCAGGAUUGCCAAUUGGAAAUAAUACCUUGUGGAUUUUGCUCUAUUUUCACAUCGACAUCAUGCUGAACACCGUGGACUUCAGCGCUUUGGAUCUGCUUUGCGCUCAAUCCCUUCCUCUGGAGGGACAAUCCGCCGUUCAGAAUCAACCUGAUGCUGCUUGCGGUUUAUUGAAGCCCAAAGCGGAGCCGCUGGAUGCCGGGUUCCCCGACUGCUCCAACGAUGGCUUCCCGCCGUCGCCGCUCACCUACACCGGAAGCUUCUACACGGAGACCGGGCCGUGCAGCGCAGACGCGCUUCUCAGCAUCCUCACCGAGAUUGUCGGCAUCUCAGACAACUUCUCCGGUAACUCCCGCGGAAGCGCGCUGUCGCGCCAGGAGUCGCUGUUAUCCACCGGCAGCUCGCUCGGCUCCCCGGAAUCGCUGUGCAACGACUCCUCGGAUGAAUUCGCGGAGGCGAACUCCCGCGUCAAGAGCGAGUUCGGCGGAGGAAGCUGCUGCAACGGCGGUGAUCUGUUCGACGGAUUCGCUUCCCACGAGCUGUCAGACCUGGAUGACAUCAUUGAUCUGCUCUCACCAUUGGGUCCCGAGACCGAUCCGGUUUUGGACACGUGGAUCAAGCAAGAGCCGCUGGAACAGGCGAGCGCGCUAAACUUCCAGAUCCCCGUCGCGGCGCACGAGAACAGCCUCUACCGGACCAUCUCGUACCCGUGCGCCACGACCGCGUUCCUGGACUCACUGCUGGCCACCAACACGCGGAGCACCAAACCGCGCGGCAGGAAGGGCGCGGCGCGCGAGAAGCCCUUUUCCUGCCCGGUUGAGAACUGCGAGCGCCGCUUCUCGCGCUCCGACGAACUCAACCGCCACGUCCGCAUCCACACCGGCCACAAGCCCUUCCAGUGCCGCGUCUGCCUGCGCUGCUUCAGCCGAAGCGACCACCUCACCACCCACAUGCGCACGCACACCGGCGAGAAGCCGUUCUCCUGCGACGUGUGCGGGCGUCGCUUCGCGCGCAGCGACGAGAGGAAGCGGCACGGACGCGUGCAUCUCAAGCAGCUCGAGAGGAUGCAGCAGAAGACGGAGCUCCUGGCCGCGGCGUGCGCGUUUUCCCUCCCCGGACUCGCGUAAGCUCGGACGCUUUCAAUUGGUUCAAUUCUACCCGAGGUUUAUGGCUCGCUCGCACGCACGCGCAUACAACGCAUGUAGCUCAUGUGCCAGAGCAGCUCUGCAGUCCGAUAACUGGAAGUGGAAGAGUCUAUAACAAAGCCUGAAGCGAGCUUGGCACGCGAGGGAACGCUUAAAAACUCUUUGUCUGCAGAGCCAGACGUGUUUCAGCACUUCCGGUGGACAGCGCCUCGUUUAAGUCGCACAAAACCAUGUUUUUGUUUUCUUUCUACCUGCGCUGACAUCGAGAACGUCGCUCUCUCAAACCUCAGAUGUUGUUUCUGAAAUCUCAUGCAUGUCUUGAUGUGAACGUGUACUUGUUUUACACUGCUCCACCACGCUGGCAUGCCACACGUUGUUGUAUUUUGAUACAUCACUUUAUAAAGCACACAAAAAGAGCUCUAUAUAUUUGUACGUUAUUGACCGUAAUUUUGUAUCGUCGAUUGUCAAGAGAGUAUACGAAGAAUCUAUCUUAUAGAUUUCCAUAAGUGAUUGUAUUCCACUUUUGACAGUAGAAUGUGUCUGGUUGGUUCUUGGGAACCUGAAGCGCUAGAGUAUUUAAAACUUCAACAUCGUAGUUGAGUUGCAGUAGCACACGUGGAUGUGCAGAUUGGCCUCCUGAGGUCGUUUCGAUAUUAUUGUCUAUUUGCCUUUGAAAAUGUUCUUGUGCAAUGAAACUGUUAAACGCCUUUGAGGCUACUGAAUGUUUCAAAUAAAACUUUAUUUAU